AUUUACAGAUUUGAUUUUGCCUUCAUCUUCUUCUAUGUGUUUCAGUUCACCAACAAAAUAACAAACAAAACACCUACUCCCCCUCCUCCUCCACCUUCUUCACUACUAAUCCAAGCCCGUCUCCUUUUUAUCUUUUCCCAAAAAAAAAAAGGCAGACUGUUAAUUAUUUUGUCAUCAAAAUUUAAAGAAAAGAAAAAGGUGUCUUUUGUGAUUGGGGAAACCGAGAGUGGAAUAUUAAACACGUGGUGGUAAUUGGUUGGAGGAGGAGAAGGAAACAGGUCAAAAGUCAAAUAGAAAUGCCGGAGGAGGAUUUGGUGGAUAUAAAGUUCAGGCUUUAUGACGGGUCGGAUAUCGGACCGUUCCGGUACUCAUCAACGUCUACUGUUGAUAUGCUUAAGCAGCGGAUUGUUUCUGAUUGGCCCAGAGGCAAAACAGUAACUCCCAAGGCAGUGAAUGAAAUCAAGCUGAUAAGCUCUGGUAAAGUCUUGGAUAACAACAAGACCGUGGGUCAAUGUAGAACACCUUUUGGAGAAGCAGCCGGGGGAGUUAUCAUAAUGCAUGUUGUUGUACAGCCAUCUCUAGCAAAAACCAAAACAGAAAAGAAGAUUGAUAAAUCUCCGAAGAAAAUCGUGUGCUCGUGUUCCAUAAUGUGAAGGCAAGGUUACAGAAAUACGGAUUCUCAAUAGGCGGACCUGACCAGGAACGAUCAUCUACAAAGAGGACAAUCAUGCGAUAGAAAAAUGGCGGAAACAAGAAAAGGGAGAACAUCAACAAUCAGAGAGGGAUACAGGGACAAAAGCUCUAGAUCUGCCGGAGAACUUUCUCAGCUGCUACUAAUGUCUUGAAUAACUUCAUCAGUAUGUGCCAGGCUUGUAAACCCCGCUUCGAAUUGUGAAGGUGCAAAGACCUUCCCUCAGCAUUCCUUGAAAAAAUCUGGCAAACUUUGCUGUGUCACUUUUCUUUGCAUCAGCGAAAUUGUAAACAGGCCCCUCCGUGAAGAAAAACCCAAACAUUCCACGUAUAUAUCCACCGCAAAUUGGAUGCCCA